UCGGCACGUUUGGCCUAAAGGUCUGGAUACUAGGCCAUAAACUCCAAAAAAAAAACACUCGGCACGUCAUACGUCAUUUGACGUUUCAUUUUCAUAUCAAAUCAUUUUUGUAAAGGCUAAUAUGAUGGUGGUGGUCUUUUAAGUCUCUGCGGAUUUGUAAUAAAUCUAAUACAAAAGUGGUGCAGUGAGUGUAUCAGUGCCUCGUGUCUUUUCAGUUUUUUUUAAAAGGACAUCAAAACACGUUCAUUAUGUUUAGUUGGCUUAAGAAAGAAGGUGAAAAAGCGGAAAAUAUUGAAAAUGUCGUGGAAGGGCUCAAGAGGAUUUACAAAACUAAACUGUUGCCUCUUGAGCUGCACUACCAGUUCCACGAUUUCCAUUCGCCGCAGCUCGAAGAUCCAGAUUUCGAUGCCAAACCCAUGAUACUUCUCGUGGGACAGUACUCCACCGGUAAAACGACAUUUAUCAGGUAUUUGCUAGAGAGAGAUUUUCCGGGCAUCCGUAUUGGUCCAGAGCCGACUACAGAUAGAUUUAUAGCCGUUAUGUUCGACGAAAAAGAGGGCGUAAUUCCGGGUAAUGCGUUAGUAGUAGAUCCGAAAAAACAGUUUCGACCAUUGAGUAAAUUUGGUAACGCCUUCCUGAACCGAUUCCAGUGUUCAACUGUCACGUCGGACGUACUACGCGGGAUCUCUAUCGUUGACACACCCGGUAUCCUAUCUGGAGAGAAACAGCGUGUAGAUCGCGGGUAUGACUUUACUGGAGUAUUGGAAUGGUUUGCUGAGCGUGUUGACCGAAUCAUACUUUUGUUCGAUGCUCACAAACUUGAUAUAUCAGAUGAAUUUAGGCGCAGUAUAGAGGCAUUGAGAGGACAUGAUGAUAAGAUCCGAAUUGUGCUCAACAAAGCUGAUAUGAUAGAUCAUCAGCAGUUGAUGCGUGUUUAUGGAGCUCUGAUGUGGUCACUGGGAAAAGUUUUACAAACUCCUGAGGUUGCUAGAGUGUACAUUGGCUCAUUUUGGGAUGAGCCUCUCCGGUACGAUGUUAAUCGUCGACUUUUUGAAGAUGAAGAACAAGAUUUAUUUAAAGACAUGCAGUCUUUGCCAAGGAAUGCUGCCCUGCGUAAACUAAACGACCUUAUUAAAAGAGCACGACUUGCUAAGGUUCAUGCAUACAUAGUCAAUGAGUUAAGGAAAGAGAUGCCUUCAAUGUUUGGUAAAGAUUCAAAAAAGAAAGAUCUAAUCAAGAAUCUUGGUCAGGUUUAUGAUAAAAUACAAAGAGAGCAGCAAAUAUCACCGGGAGACUUUCCAGAUAUUAAAAAAAUGCAAGAGACCCUGGCCAAUCAUGACUUCACCAAGUUUCACCCCUUGAAACCCAAGUUGCUAGAAGUAGUGGACCACAUGCUGGCAACGGACAUUGCACGGCUCAUGGAUAUGAUUCCACAGGAGGACAUCAACAUUGUCAGUGAACCUCUGAUAAAGGGUGGUGCUUUCGAAGGUGUAGAAGACCAGGUCUCACCAUUCGGUUACGGUCGGGGCGAGGGCGUGGACGCCGGCCACGGUGACCCGGAAUGGAUCUGCAGCAAGGAGAAACCGAACUACGACCGAAUCUUCCAAUCUCUGAACCCGAUCGACGGCAAAGUGACUGGCGCCGGUACGAACAUGCAAAUACUAAAAUACCCCGAGCCGCGAGGGACGGUCCUUCUCGACAGAACUCUCCAAAUAAUGCACUCUGCCACACAAAACUGCACUCUAUUGUCAGAGCUGUGCAUACAUUUACACCAUACUAAUAGCGAUGACCCAAAUUUCGGUAAAAUUGUCGACGCUCUGACAGUCGCCAAUGAGACCUGCAGCGCGGUAGCCCGGUGCCUGGUCGGGGCCCGCGGGAGAGAGGACGACGACAUGUCCUUUAGGGAGCCUGUAGUUGAAUCGCCCAGUGUUAGCCGAUGCCAUUCGAACGAAGAUGAUACUCCGUUCGAUACAUCUGACGACACGGCUUCCGACACCAGCGCUGAUGCAGCUCCUAGUCGUGAGCCUCCUGCUCGUGAGCCCACAACGAACACUCAAAGCAUUUUAAAUCCGUUGCGGCUUAUCCGUACCGUGUUCGGUGUCUUUGAGGCGAUCGUUGUAGCAACAGUUACAGUCGUUUUAUUCAUGAUUUCAUCUCAGUUACUGUUCAUGUUGUUGGCGAAGGCAAUAACCGGGGAGACGUAUUUCGAGUUUUCUGUUGAGAAGACUCCAAAUACUUGGUUAGAGAAGGCUAAAAGCUUAACGUUCGGUGCUGAAGACGAAAUCGUGAAGCUAGAGCACGUGGCCGGCCUGCUCCAGCCCCGGAUCGUCGCCAGCCUCGCCCGGUACAUCGCGCAACGACUCGGCCCCGACGAUUAGGCAUUUUGUCUUUCCUACUCGAUAUCAAUAAAAACAUAUAAAAUAACAAAAAUAUCGUAAAAUGGAAAGAGAAAUAUACGCACAGGAUAUAAUCUAGAUAAUAGAUCGGGGGAAAAUGUUUCUUUUAUAUAUAUAAGUAUAUUAUGUACAAAUUCAAGAUAUUUUUUGUCCCAAUUUAUUUACAUAUAAAAAAUGUAUAGUGAUAUUUUGUUCGAUGACAACUUUUUACUUACAAGAUACGAAAAAACUUUUCUCCGAUAUACCUAAUAUAAAAAUGUUUAAAUAUAUUCUCACUUAAUACUUAAGGUUCUAACUCCUUGCGUCCAAAAUACCGCCCGGAUGUGUCAAAUUCAAAUUCAAAUUCAAAAUAAUGAUUUUGAAUUGAAUGAUAUUUCAACUUGGAUGUCAUCAAAAACACACUUGUUGAAUGUCAAAAUGUAAAAGAAAAUGUUAAUGAAUGUUAAUGUUAAAUAAAAAAAAUAAAAAUGUCUCCCAAUAGCGUAUGGAGAUGAGUCUAGACAUCUUCGGCCGGGUAACCAUUGUCCAAGACGUUCAAUCUUGCCCCUGCCGGUCGCCGCAAUGUUAUGUCGUAGGACCCCGGCGUCUCCGCGCAGGGUCGCCGCGGGUAGCUGCCCACUUCAACUUUCAACUCUGAAUUGAAGUUCACCUCGUGCUGUUGUCAGCCAAACGUAAAUAAUGUGUGGUACCGAUAAAUACGCCUCGCGCCUUCUUCAAACGAGGCUUGCGGAGAGUACUUAACAGUAGGCAGCGGCUUGGCUCUGCUUCCGGCAUUGCUGAAGUCCAUGAGCGACGGUAACCACUUACCAUCAGGUGGACUGUAUGCUCGUCUGCCUACAAAGGCAAUAAAAAAAUCAAAUAACUUGUAAUAUGUUACAAUAUUAUAAUACUACUAUAUUCUAUCUAUGGCGGUAUCCGGUGUAUUAUUGUUGUCCGUCUGUAGUCAGUUGAUACAACAUGACCUCCGUGGUCUGCUUGACCAACGCCAACUGUAUCUAAUCGUAAUUUUACGGACGCGUAAUAUUGAAACCAUCCUUUCUACAUUAAUUGAAGGCAAGUAACAGAUCUACCGCUUCCCCUACUUUUAGUUCAGUUUCUUGAUACUUCAUGUUUAAGCUUUGCAUUUUGCUAAUUAGCUUCGUCUUUCGCACUGCAAUGAUUUGUUAACUCAUUUACGAAAUUAAACGAUUUUUGUUGCCCAAGGUGUAAUCUAAGCACUAGUCUAUGAUGCUACGAUUUACAUUAUAUUGCAACAGGUCCCUUUAUCCAAUUAAAUUCUACUUGUUGCAAAGACGAAGCACUAUACUGUAGUAAAUAUUCAAAUUCUAUUUGUUUGUUUUUGUGUAAGUUCUAACAGUAGAUGCGGAAUAAUGUGUAUGACAAUAACAAUAACGGUAGCAAUAGGUUUAUCGUGAUCGUUGUUUAGGCGGACAAUAUUCAACUCGGUACCGUAUUCACUGCGUACACCUACCUACCCGUAAUUUUACUACGCGUUGUGCUCGUGUCUGAAAUUCAGGUGCUUAAGUUCCAAGUUAAGACAUAAUAUUAUACUUAUGAAGUUUCCGUUUUAUAAUACUGGCCAUUUGGAACGUAAUUUAUGUGUGGCUGGCAAUCAAUUCUAAAUUCAAAUGAAUUUUAUUUUCAAAUUCAUUUAUUUAUUAAUUGAUUAGAAUUAUUUUAUUUUCAUUAUAUUUGUAUACUUUUCAUAAUUAAGGACACAAUAGGUAUGUAGCAAUACGAGUAAUCAUGGAAUACGAGUAUUGUCGCGGUACAAUGGCGGAGCUGCUACAGCUAUUAGCCGACAGGAUAACAUCCAAAAAUAUUUUACACAUAUUAUCUCUAAUAGUUAGUAUUUAGUAGUCAACGUCCUCGCGGUCUCAGGUCAUGCUGUAGAGCUGCUUCGCGGCACUUCGGCACACUACACAUCCUGCACAGAGACCUCAUUAACGCGAAAAUGAGAGCGUACUAUUAUCUGCCGCUAUUACGUCACCACAUCAUGUCACUCGACAGAAUGUAGUAGUGUUUAUUAAAAGUUAUACUGAACAACGAA